UCUGUUGUGGCCUGUGCAGGCUGGAGAGUAGGUGCGCGCGUGCGCAGAGCGCACGGGUCGUAGCGUUGAGGGCUCCCGUGGGUUAGCCCUGCAAAUGGGUUCCCAGGCCUAGUGCCCCACGCAUUACCACCUGUGAUCGCGCGCCGAGGUCUGCGAGGAGGGGUCGCCGCCGAGCCGGUCCUGGCUGGUUGGAACCACCCGGAAGCCUGUCAGGGCCGAGGGACUCGGAACCCACUUCUCUGUGCGGUGACCAGGCCCGCGUUUUGCUCAGGUCUCCACAGCUCGCGGGUCCUGAAGUAUGGCAGCCAUCCCUUCUAGCGGCUCGCUCGUGGCUACCCAUGACUACUAUCGGCGACGCCUGGGCUCCUCGUCCAGCAACAGCUCCUGCGGAAGUGCAGAGUACCCCGGGGACGCCGUGCCCCAAUCCCCGGGUGAGUGCAGAACCAGCAAGCAGCGUCUCCCCAAGGCCGACCCUGGCCACUGGUGGACCAGCUUCUUUUUCGGGAAGCCCACUCUCCCAUUCAUGACCACAGUGUUGGAGUCUCCUGAGCACUCGGCAGAAUCCCCCCAGGCCUCCAGAAGCCCCAUCACCCGCGGCCUGGAUCCUGAAACCAUGAAGCAGCAGCAGCAGCCAGUCAUCCAUCCUGACCAGGCCAACACGAGGGCCCCGUCCUGACCUGGCAGAACCACAGCAAACUCGUCUUCAGCGAGGCUAGGCCAGAGCCCCACCCAUCCGCCCCACCCUGUAAAUUAGGAAGGCUGCAGCAAGCAACAGACACCAGCAGGAGCUGGAGAGAGCCCCCCCUCUUGGUUCACAGCACUGAGCUUUCCUGACCCCAUAACCGUGCCUUGCACCAAGCAGAGAAUAAACUCCCAGCAGCCCUC